UGUCCGGGCGCAGCGCGCGAGUGUCCGCGCGGUCAGUGACAGCCCGAGUCCGUCCACGCGCGGGCUCCCGUGCUCGUGGCCUGCGGGAGGGCAAAGACGGGGUGGAGGCUGCUGUGGGCCCAGUCCCAGCGUUGCGCGUCGCAGGGUCCCCGAUUCCCCCGCUGCCCUCGCCCUCGACCCUGCGGCUGAAGAGGAGUAAGAGGCAGAGGGACUUGGCCGGGAAGGGGAGGCGACAGGAGGCAAGGCAAGGCUGUCGCAUCUUCUCUGCAGGGCCUUGUAAACAGUUGUGUUUGGCGGCACGACUGUGCCUGAGCAGGGCUCGGAGCUGGAGCCUGGGGACAGGUGGUGUCGGUUCUCCUCCAGAUCAGGCCGGUUCUAAGGUUUCCUUCGAGAAUCCUUGUUUCGAAUAUAUCCUUAAAGAACUGUCUCCUGUAGAAGCACUUAAAGGACUUCAAGUCACACCAACCUCUUCACUCUUUUCCAGUCCAACCCGCUGGUCUUCCCAGCCCUCUCUGAUAGUGAAAGGCUAGAAUCGGCUGGCAUUAACAUGCAAAGCAGAGAAAUGGCUCGCCCUUUCCCCUGACAGUUCCCUUGGGAACCUUGAGCACUGUAUUAAGAAGAAAUUCUCCUCAUUUCUUCCAAGUAACAGAUUCGCUCUGUUGUUGUUGAGAGCCAGUUCAGUCAUUACAGCUGUAACAUCAGUGACUAAAAUAGUGAAACUAUUUUCUCUAUAAAAAUGUUUAAUUUUUGUUUCAACAGGUUAGAGUUUUAAUCUGUUGUUUUGCUUAGAUUCUUUGAGUCAUUGCCUCUGACACUACCUUUUUAAUAGCAGCUCCAUCCCCCACCAACCCCAAGCAGAUUGCAGUUCCCUUACAAGUCUAAGGAUAUAGGGGAGGAAGACAAGGUAAAGCUACGCGUGUUCAUCUAUGCACACUGCGAGUCUGUUUCUGUGUGUGUAUAUGUAUGGUAGAGUACACCAGGGAUUCUUGACCUUGUGGUCCAUGCUUGUGUUUCAGGGUCUUUUAUCCAUCCCUGCAAGUUCUGGGCUCAGAAUUUGUCACUAAGGCUGCUAACUCUUCCUUGAUUCUGUUCUGCCCUCGGCUGCAGCAGCCUUUGAUAUAGUGUCCUUGUGACUCUAGCAUGAGACUUCAAGCAGUUGGCUCACUACUGGAGAAAUAAAGGAUAUUGCCAGAUUGACUCUCCUGUCUGUAGCAAUGUUAGCCUCAAGCAAGAGGAUGAACAGUUCUUCACGUUCCCAAAUCCUUCUAAGGUGGAAGUCAGACAAGGCUCAGAGUGGACCCUACAAUGUUGAGAAGGAAAUCCUUACUUCGAGAUUCUUGCGUGACACUGAGACCUGUCGACAGAAUUUUAGGAAUUUUCCAUACCCAGACCUGGCUGGUCCUCGAAAGGCAUUGAGUCAACUCCGAGAGCUCUGCCUUAAGUGGCUGAGACCUGAGAUUCACUCAAAGGAACAAAUUUUGGAGCUGCUGGUGCUGGAGCAAUUCCUGACCAUCCUGCCUGGUGAGGUUAGGACUUGGGUAAAGUCCCAGUAUCCAGAGAGCAGCGAGGAAGCAGUGACUCUGGUGGAGGAUUUGACUCAGAUUCUAGAAGAGGAAGCUCCUCAAAACUCUACCCUUUCCCAAGAUACCCCAGAGGAAGACCCCAGAGGAAAACAUGCUUUCCAGGCAGGAUGGCUAAAUGACUUGGUGACCAAAGAAUCGAUGACAUUCAAAGAUGUGGCUGUAGACAUCACCCAGGAGGACUGGGAGUUAAUGCGUCCUGUGCAGAAGGAAUUAUACAAGACUGUGACACUACAGAACUAUUGGAACAUGGUUUCUCUGGGACUUACAGUGUACAGACCAACUGUGAUUCCCAUGUUGGAAGAACCAUGGAUGGUGAUAAAAGAAAUUUUAGAAGGCCCUAGUCCAGAAUGGGAAACUAAAGUCCAAGCAUGUACUCCAGUGGAGAAUAUGUCUAAACUCACAAAGGAAGAAACCCAGACCAUCAAAUUAGAAGACUCAUAUGACUACAAUGAUAGAUUACAGAGGCGAGCAACAGGUGGCUUCUGGAAAUUUCACACUAAUGAAAGAGGUUUCAGUUUGAAGUCAGUCCUUUCACAAGAAGAUGAUCCUACAGAAGAAUGUCUUAGUAAAUAUGAUAUAUAUAGAAAUAAUUUUGAAAAGCAUUCAAACCUAAUUGUACAGUUUGAUACCCAAUUAGAUAAUAAAACUUCUGUGUAUAAUGAAGGCAGGGCAACCUUCAAUCAUGUCUCAUAUGGUAUUGUACAUAGGAAAAUACUUCCUGGAGAGAAGCCUUACAAGUGUAAUGUGUGUGGGAAAAAAUUUAGGAAAUACCCUUCCCUCCUGAAACACCAAAGUACCCAUGCCAAAGAGAAAUCGUAUGAAUGUGAAGAAUGUGGGAAAGAGUUUAGGCAUAUUUCAUCCCUCAUUGCACAUCAGAGAAUGCACACUGGAGAAAAACCAUAUGAAUGCCACCAGUGUGGUAAAGCCUUCAGCCAGCGUGCACACCUUACUAUACAUCAGAGAAUUCAUACUGGAGAGAAACCCUAUAAGUGUGAUGACUGUGGGAAAGACUUUAGUCAGCGUGCACACCUUACCAUCCAUCAAAGGACACAUACUGGAGAGAAACCAUAUAAAUGCUUGGAAUGUGGUAAAACCUUCAGUCACAGUUCAUCACUGAUUAAUCAUCAGAGAGUUCAUACUGGAGAAAAACCUUAUAUAUGCAAUGAAUGUGGGAAGACUUUCAGUCAGAGUACACACCUUCUUCAGCAUCAAAAAAUACAUACUGGGAAGAAACCAUAUAAAUGCAAUGAAUGUUGGAAAGUGUUUAGUCAGAGUACUUACCUUAUUCGACAUCAGAGAAUUCAUUCUGGAGAGAAGUGUUAUAAAUGUAAUGAAUGUGGAAAAGCCUUUGCUCAUUCCUCAACCCUUAUUCAACAUCAAACCACUCACACUGGAGAGAAAUCCUAUAUAUGUAAUAUAUGUGGGAAAGCCUUCAGCCAGAGUGCAAAUCUUACUCAACAUCAUAGAACACAUACUGGAGAGAAACCAUAUAAAUGCAGUGUGUGUGGGAAAGCAUUCAGCCAGAGUGUGCACCUUACUCAACAUCAGAGGAUUCAUAAUGGAGAAAAACCCUUUAAAUGCAAUAUAUGUGGGAAAGCAUAUAGACAAGGUGCAAAUCUUACUCAGCAUCAAAGGAUUCAUACUGGAGAGAAACCCUAUAAAUGUAAUGAAUGUGGGAAAGCUUUCAUUUAUUCCUCAUCACUUAAUCAACAUCAGAGAACUCAUACUGGAGAGAGACCCUAUAAAUGUAAUGAAUGUGAUAAGGAUUUUAGCCAGAGAACAUGCCUUAUUCAACACCAGAGAAUUCACACAGGAGAGAAACCCUAUGCAUGUCGUAUAUGUGGUAAAACCUUCACCCAGAGUACAAACCUUAUUCAGCAUCAGCGUGUUCAUACAGGUGCCAAACAUCGUAAUUAAUGGAUAAGGGAAACUUCAAUUAGGUUUUACAACUUCAUUUCAAUUUUAUUUUGUGCAUUCUGUGUGUCAGAAUAUUCAGAAGAAAUCCGAAGAAGUGCAAUAUGUUAGAUACCACUCAGCAGAAGUAUCAGAAGUAGUGGUAGGGAUAUAACCUAUUUAGAUUUAAUGUGAAAUUUAAGAAGGAAACUUGACUUCUUAACCUUUAUUUGAUAUGAGUUUAAUUCAUUACAGAAAGAAACCCUGUGAAGGGUGUUCAGAAACAUAACUCAUCAACUCUUUAUUUCAAGUACAGUCAUCCCUCAGUAUACUCGGGGGAUUGGUUCCAGGACCACCCAUGUAUACCAAAAUCUACCCAUACUCAAGUUGCAUGGUCAGCCUGGUGGAACCUGUGUAUAUGAAAAACCCUACAUCUACGCAGGUUUCCCAUCCCUGAAUAAUGUGCUUUCAAACUCUGUUCAGUUGAAAAAAAAAAUUCCAGUAUACGUGGAUCUGUACAGUUCAAAUGUGUUGUUCAAGGGUCAACUGUACAUCCUGAUGAGGCCUUACGAAUGUAACUUGGGAAGGUGUCCAUCAAGUAGAGAUUUCACACCAGAGAGUGAUCUUAAAAUUACAGAAAAGAGAAAGCUGCUUUCAGGCCUUUUAUUCCCAGCUUUGAAGCCUUAAAAUAUGUAAAGGAUUCCUUUCCCUGUUUUACUUCCCCUUCUCCUGUUAUGCCAUAACUGCCAUAUGGAGCCAGUAGGUUUGAAAAAAACAGUUGAAAGUAUUUUAAAGAUUUCUAUGUGACCACUGUUUGGUUACACCUUCCCUCACAUAUCGAAAUAUUAAAGAGAAGCUUAAUGAAAUAUAUGAUAGAAACUAAUGUGUAUAUAACAUUAGAUGUGUAGAGAGUUAGUUAAACAGGCAAAAAUUACAUGCUCCAAGCUUAAAUGAAUUUUUAAUACACAUUAGCCUUGAUUUUACUAGGUUUUGACAUUCAAGGUCAUCCUGAAGGAAAAAAGUAGGUAUAAGGUAUACAGUUCGCAUUUUUUUCAUCUGACUCCUAAAUUUAUACUUUAGAUUUCUCUGUGACUGUUUUACUAUGGAAAGUUCAUUUCUUCCACUUAAACACAUUUCUUGAGUGUCUACUAUGCUUAGGUCUCAGACUUCCUAAUUGGAUCCUUUCAAGGCUUGUUACAGUGCUGAAAAUCACAGGUGGUUUACACAACAGAAAGAUUUCCAGAGCAAUGAGAGAGUGAGGAUGUGAUAUUUGGUCAUGGGAUGAGCAUAAGCAACCUGCUAAAAUGGGUUGCCAAAUGCUACCUACAUCCCAAGAGAAGGAAGUGGAAGUAAUAGUGUAGCUAUAUAAAUAAUGUGAGAAAAAUAAAUAAUGGAGAUUAGAUUUGAGUUCACUGCAGAAUGUGGGUUAGGGGAAAAGGUGAAAUUUUAAUGGAGUGAGGAAAAAAAUACAUAGAUAAUUGCUAUAACAUGAAAUGUAAUUGGACUUGCUUUGCCUAUGAAAUGAGUGGCUAAAUAAAAAAGAAUUCAGCCUGAAUAUUAGAAGAAACUAAAAACAAAGUGACUGAUUUUUAAGGAAUAAUUGGAAGCCUGACACUCCCUCAUACAUGCAAGUAAAAUAGAGGUUACUCUUAACAUGUCAGGAAAAAAUUUAAUUGGCAAAAGCAUUGAUGCAGUAAUCAUUAAACAAUGAAAACUGGAUUUGUGGGUCUUAAAAGGAAAACUGGCAGAAAUGCAAAUAGAAAUAGAUAAAAAUACUAUUCUAUUUCAUAUUUACAGCAUUCCACUACCAGAAUAUAAGGCCAUAUUCUGAUAACUGAGAUUUCAUUGUGCUCAUAUUUGUUUCUCCAGUCCCUUGCAUAAUAGUGCAUAGUCAAUACAUGGUUGAAUUAAUGAAUAAAUUAUAUAAAUUAGAUUUCAGUAAUAAAGUAGAAUUGACUGGCAUGGAGUGAAAGUUGGCAUAACUAAAAAUACUUUUGUGCAUAUAUCAAAGAAAUGGUCAACAAAUAACAUUUACUUGGGAACUGCUUAAAAGUAGUGAAUCAGAUUUCAUGGGACAUCCUUGUACAGGAAGUUUUCCUGAGCUAAAUGAGGGGAAAUUGAUAUCAAUUCUGGUACUAUAAAUAUCAAUUUAAGCUUGUAUUAACCAUGCAACUUCCUUUGGACAUUACUGUUUAUAAAACCAUCCUACAAACAGGUACUGAAGGAAAGACCCGGGAUGCUAGCAUCCUAAAGGCUAUAUUGUUGAGUGUUUUCUUUAAAAAACUUGAUUUCCAUUUCCCUUACAUUAGUUAACCUUGAUUUCAUAGUAUCAUCCUGCACAAAGUACAGGUUGCAGAAUACUCAAACUGUGCUUAUAUAGCUAUGUUUUUUUAAAUAACAGUUGUUUGACCUUAUUUUUUUGAUGCUGCUUCAUCCCUCACACAGCACUUAUUUCCCUUGGUUGAGCAUGUGGCAUGUGACAGUCCAUAGCACCUUCCUUUGCAUUACUCUGUAUUUCCUGCCUUUGUAUGUUUUAUGUAAAUAAUGCAUUUAUAAAAUCUUCCACUGAUAAACAGGCAAUUGAUGCCCUUAUAAAAUAACAGACUAGUAAUAGUGGAGAACUCUAGAUUUUUGUGUAUUUUUCCCACUUUUACAGUUGUCUGACUCACAAAUUAUUCAACAGUUUUUAGCAAAUAGCUUUAUUUUCCGGAACUUUUUAUUAUGAGUUUUCAAAUAUACAGAAAGGUUUAAAAAUAAUAAAGUGAACUGUAUACCCACCUAGAUUUUAAAACUAACAUUUUGCCAUAUUUUUUUUAACCAAACAUUGGAAAGGAACUUACAGACAUGACAUUUCAUCGCUAAACACUUAAGCAUGCAUUGCAUAAAAAUAAGGAUGGUCUUUUACAUAACCACAAUACAUUUACAUACCUUUAAAAAAAAAAAAGAACAGUAAUUCCCUAAUAUCUGAACACCUAGUCUGUGUUUAAAUUUCCUCUAUUGAUCCAGUCAGUUUUCACACAUAGUAUUGAUUAUUAAAUCUGUUUCAUCUAUCUAGAACAGUCCCCACUUUGGUACUUCUUCUUUAAGAGAGCAGGUCAGUUGUCUUGAAAAACGUCUCACGUUCAGGAUUCAACUGACUAUUUACAUGUGGGUUGUUCUGGUACCCCCUGUAGUUUCCAUAAAUUAGAAGUUAGGGCAAAAGGCUUGAUUGGGUUGUUUAAACAUUUUUAAUGAUAACAUCUCACAGAUGUAUUUCAUAGUGCAUCAUAUCAAAAGUCUCAUUAAUAUCAGGUUGAGUCACUAUCAAUGGAUCACUCAUUUGAGGUCACCAGAUCUUCCCAACAUAAAGAUAGAUUUUCCUAUUACAGUUAGUCUGUGUACUGACACUGGCAGCAUAUGGAUAUUUUGAUUGUCAACAACUUUUUACCUGGUAAAAAGUAACCAACGAUGAUCCUUGCCUGAAUCCAUUGUCUCAUCAGUGUUUGCAAAAUGACAAUUUUCUAAUUCUAUCACUCUACAUUUGUUGAGUGGCAUUCUUGUAUAACCUUCCCUCAUCAACUAGGAAUGCACUAGAGGCAGAGUCAGGCUCAAUUAUUUUGCCUUAAUUACCAGUGUAGGAGUUUAAUUACCAGUAAAGAGUUUGAUGCUCUCAUCUGCAGUGAUAACAAAUGAUUCAAUGUGUUAACAGUCAUUUAUGAUCAUUGUUUCUGAUGUUCAGAUUGUCCCAAAUUUGGCCAGGUGGAGCCCUUCAAGUAGCUCUUGUGUCCUUUUGACAUUCACUCUCUAGUCUUUGGACACUUGAUUGCCUUCUAACACAAGAUAUCUCAAGUUGACCUUGCAUUUUCAAUACCCCAGGCAUGGAAUGAAACCUUUUUCCAAGAAUCCCUGGCUCCUUUUAAUAGGUAGCUAUUUAGACACCAAGAUCUGGGCACUAGGCAUUCUCACUGCUCCUGGAGUAUCACUGACAAUUCUUUCCAAUCAUUCAAGUUGGUUUUCAUAAAGACAACUCUUCACUCAUGCCAUCAGUUAUAUAAUGUCUGUGUGAUGAGGGAUAUAAUUACAUAACUGGGAUAAACUUUCGGGCGCAAACAACUAAAUCUUGUUAAGCAUGCACCUAAAUUGGAGAGAACACUUCCAUGUUAUGUAUGCUAGAAAGCAGCAAAUUAGCUGCAAGAGGCCUGUGACAAGGCCAUCAGGAAAUUUACAAGGGAAUAGAGCUUGUCAGUUAAUCUGCCAAGUGGGUUGAGGGCAAUUAAGAGAGCAACUAGAUGUAUACCUAAUCUGUUGUGUUUUAACUAUCACAUGUCUUGAUAACUUAUGGUAUUUAUAAGCUAAUAGCCCUCCUUUCUCAUCACAUCUCUUAAGGCAGAUUUCUAGUAAGAUCUGAAUAUUAAUCCUAAGGAUCUGUUUCAUGCAAAUCUAAGUACUAGUUUUUCUUACUAAACCUUUAUUUGGUCUCUAAAACUUUAAGGCUGUUACGUUUCAUUCUUUGUCUUCUGGUGUCAGUUCACUUGCAUGUGCCCGUAAAUGUAUUCUUACUCCUCUGUUUCUGUUAUUCUCCCUAUGGCUCUAUCUUUCAUAAGUAUUAGCUCCUUAGAACACUAUAACCAUUAAAAAUGGCAAGCAUG